AUGUCAGCUAUUAUCAGUAAAGCCACCGGUUUAGUCAACGGACUCAUCACCAAAUCAACCGAAGUUGUAAAUUGUGGUAUUUAUUGGAGUAAAGUCGGUGCCGAAUUAGGAAAACAAGUCUACAAGACAGAAGGAUUAGCUCCACCAUCAGGUAAACAAUUUGAAACUGUUUAUCAACAAGCUUUAAAAUUCAUUAAAUCUCCAGAACAACAAAAGAAAUUCUUACAACAAGUUUCUGAAUUUAAACCAAGUGCUCAAUGUGCUGCUAAGGCUUCUAUUUAUGGUAUUCAAUUAGCUGCUUUCUUUUCAGUUGGUGAAAUGAUUGGUAGAAGACAAAUUGUUGGAUAUCCAUCUUUUGGUGAACAUCACCAUUAG